AUGAAUAGGGUAGGCGUAGUGGCUUUGCAUCACCAAGCACCGAGCCCUUCGAUUCUCUCAGGACUUCCAGAGAUGCCGAUCCAGGUGUGGGAACUCAAGGAACAGGACCAGAAAUCCGACGAGUCUCCCUCAUCGAGUACCGAUCUGGGGGUCAGCCGCGAGACGUCCGAGUCGGACAUGCGGCGGAAUCUGUCGUCCUUGUCCGUGAGCAGCGAGGAGUCCUCGUCGUCUCUGGAGCGGGAAUACCAGGGGGAGGGGGAGGUGGAGUACGAGAGGGCCCCGCUCGUCGCCGAGGAGUUCCUCAGCCUUGCGGACAAGAUCCAGUCCAGGAUUGAGUCUGGGCAUAAGUUCUUCUCUCUGGAGUUCUUCCCGCCGAGGACCAAGGCUGGAGCCGUGAAUCUUCUUGCCAGGUACCAUAAUGCGUACCUCUCGCAUGCUUUGUCAUUCCUAAUGGUCGUUAUGAGGUUACAACCAAGGGAAACGGAGGAGCAGAGGAAUGCAUAUUAG